AUGCUUCUUGGCGACGCGUUUAAUGGCACGUUUGAGGGUACCAAGCGAAUGGGUCGACGCGUCUUGAUGGACUACGAAGCAUGCCUGGGAGUGCCAAUAGUUGCUACAUAUCUGCGCAAGGUGUUACUCCGUCUUUAUUGGCAAAUACUCUGCGUAAUACGCCCGCAAUUCCACGGAGGACAAGCGUGUCGUAAAUCCAUGACUUUUGGAUGUUGGGACAUAUCGUCAGACGUAAGCGGGUUUGAUCGAUCGGACAAGGAGUCUGCCAGGGGGAUGUGCAAGGAGUUCGUCGACAAAAGCAGCGGAAAAUCCCUUCAGCGACGACGCAAUGGCGAAUCGGAGGGCGGAUCUAGACUGCGUCGCGGGUAUUGGUGUGACUUGGACGCAUUAGCAGGGUGGAUGCGACCAACCACCAGGCCAAGAAAGCUUCCCGCCUGCUGCAACCAAGACUGCCAACUCACAGCCGCACCCACUCCACCUUCUCAACCCACUCGCUUGCUCCUCUUUCGCUCCCUCUCGCCCUACUCUCUCUCGCCUCGCAAACCACCCCAUCCCGAUCCGAGUCGCCGCCCAUCGCCAUCGUUUCCGACUCCAAUCCCUCGCUAUCAUCGUCGCAAACACGUCGCCAUCGUUUCUGUCUGCCUUCUGUCCUUUCUAUGUCAUUCAGAGCCGGCCGUCUCGACCCCUCUUACCGUGCUUACCGCUCUUUGCGCCUGGGCGCCUCGCCUCACAGAUCAUCUGCCCGACACCGGAUUGACUGCAAAUUUUCCACCAAUUUUUUCGUUUUUCACGCGUCAAAUCGCAGAAAAUACGUGA